ACUAUAAACAACCAAAACAAGGGGGCUUACCAAUUUCAAACCUAAAAGCUUGUUACUUCAAUGUGGAUGCCAAAGCCUAAAUCUUGUACUUAAAUGGGAGCUAUAGUAGUGCCCAAAAUCCAAAUGCUGCUACAAGGCACAGGCCAAGCAAGCAAAGCCCAAAACAAAUAAAAGGGGGAGAGGAAGGAAGGAAAAGGAACCCUAAAUCUUGGGGGAUAUAUGUUUGUACUUGAAUGUGGAUGCAAAUCUUGCACAGCCAUGUGGAUUUUUAUUCUAGCCUAUAACUAGCCAUAUACCCUUAUAUCUUUGGGGCACUACCUACCUUAAUGGCUAGACUUAUAGUUGGAGGGAAUAGUAUUCAAUGUUGGGCCACAUAUAUUACUUCUUGUUUUCCUUGGACAUGGUUUCCCCUCCAAGUUCACACUUUAUUUAUUCUUCACAAAUGCCUCCUUUUGCUUAAUUUUGUGUUCAAUGGAAAACAACACUCAAAUCUCUUAGAAACCUAUAUGGAUUAUACGUAGUUUAGUUUCUGGGGCACACAUUAUCUUUAGUUUAAUCACUUCAAUUAAGUUUCUAUCUUUUAGCCCUUUGGACUUAAUCAUAAUUAACAAACCCAAGUAAAUAUAAUCUAACGCAAUGCAAAUUAAUUACUAUGGAUUGUACUAAUACAAUAUUGUUGUUUGUUAUUUACUAACCUGAUGGUAUAUGACAAUUAGUUUGUUCACAAAGAUCUUCAUUUUACAAUGUAUUUAACGUCAAUAACAAGUGCUAACUAUCAAUUUGAUAUAUGUUAGUUAUGUAUGUACGUACGAAUCAUUACUUGAUUUGUUUAGCAUCGUGUCUCUAGUUGCAUGCACUUGAGCAACGAAUUAACCACAAUAUACCCUACUAAAAACAGCAGUUUUGUGGGAAUGAUUAAUAGAAUAUGCCUCUGUGCACAUGAAACCAACUUACCCUACUAAUUAAACUAAGAUCAAGUCUGAUCAGUUAGCUAGUUUAACUCGCUAACAAAAUCCUGUUCAUCUAGCUAAUUAAUCGCUUCCUCGAUAACCAAAAACAAAACAAAAAAACAAAAAUACUCCUUGUAAUAGGAAUUAAUAUAACCAACGAGACGCGGCGGCUGGAAAGUAAAAACCAACUUGCAUAUGUUUUGCUUUGACAGAUGGAAACCAACUUUUUACAGUCAAUAUUAGCUAAAUUAAUUUUAAUAAUUAAUAAGAAGAAUCAACCACUAUAUAUACCCCUUCUUGUAGUGUAAAAAAUGAAAUAAAAUCAAGCCACACCACUUCACAAAAAAUAUUCCCCUUUCUUUAGUUUCCUCUCCUUGCCUCUACUUUCUUUCUUCGUUUCUUCUCGCUUCAAUGGAUUCUCAGCACUAUCCCUUCUGCUCCGACUUCAACGUCGACGGCGACGAUCAGCUCAUCAUCAACAAAUUCUCCGAGGAAGAGCUGUCGGAGAUCAUGCUGUCCCUCGUCGCAAAUCAUCAGCAGGAGAACUCUUCAUUAAUCUCGAUGACUCCCAUGAACGCCGCCGCCAUGGCCAUGUCAUCGUCGUCAUCUCUUCAUGACAUUCUCAAUACGGCGUCGUCUUCAUCGUGUUCGUUUGAGUCUGAGCGCGGUUCACCCCUUCCACCGGCGGCUCGAUACGACGGUGUUCAUCGUUCUUUUUCUCUUGACCGUGAUCACGAGGCGAUAUUGUUCAACAAUAUUGCGAGCGGGAUGAUGGAAAAUGUUGAUGGCGGAUCCAUAACGACGUCGUUUGACGCGGCUACUUGCUACCGUGGCCAGCAGCCGGCGGCGGCGGCUAAUUACGUACGUGCUCCAUCGGCUGCGGCAGUAGCCGAGGGGGUUAAUUAUUACGGAACGACGACGACGCAAUUAUGCAAUAAUAAUAAUAAUAAUAAUAAUGCGGACGUGAAGGUUGGGCAGUACACGGCGGAAGAGAGGAAGGACAGAAUCCUGAGGUAUUUGAAGAAGAGAAACCAAAGAAACUUCAACAAAACCAUCAAGUAUGCUUGCCGGAAAACGCUGGCCGACAGAAGAGUACGUGUGCGAGGGAGGUUCGCAAGGAACAGCAGCAGCGAGUUGUCCGAAGAAGACGUGGUCACGCCGCCGCCGCAACGGCGGCUAUCGGAAAACGACGGACGCCAACAUUAUAAUUACUAUCACCACUACCAAGGUUAUUAUCUCCAGCAAGAGAAUAACCAAUCAUACAACGAAAACGACGUCCAGCUGGUAGAUAAUAAAGCUAGCCUACAGAUGAUGAGGGAAGGUGGUGGUGGUGGAGAAGAAGAAGAAGAUCAAUGGCUGCAAGAGGCAAUGGCGAGUCUGCUGUAUACACCAUACAUUGCGGCUGGAUGAAUUUAAUUAAUUAACUAUACAUUCAUAUAACAAGGUUAAUUAUUUAUACGUACGGCUAUAUAUCAAUAUUGGUGGUGGGUUAAUUAAUUAAUAGGUAGAUAGUUGCUUCUAAUUAAGUAGUUAACUAUCAUUUCAUCGUCAUUUUGUAUGCUAAUUAGCUAGUGUUUUGUACUUCAAAUUGUACUUUGAUGGGUUUGCUUUUAUAUUAUCAAAUCGAUUGGGUCUCUAUCAGAUUGUUGUUCUACUAGUAUGAGGUUUGUUCUCUGUCAACUAUAAGUAUAUAUAGUGUCUCCAUCGAUAAAUUUCUAAGUACAGUUUAAUCAAGAUAUGCUUGAUAA